AUGAGCUCAGCGGUAGUCCCAACAACGGCGAGACUGGCUUCCGGGUUAUCUGAUCUACCAAGAGACAUAAGAGACUGCAUUUGGGAUUCAGCUGCCGCGAACUUCAACAACACGCCACAGGCUCAUUUCUUUUCUUUAUCGGAGGAGAGGGUGCGCUGCUUACAGUCAAACCAGCCAACCAUUCAACCAGAUGGCUGGAAAGAGGCUCGAACUGUCUUGAAACCUCCUCUAGUUUACAGAGAAGAAGUUGCGAUAAACGGGAAGACUGCACGCAACAUAUCCGGAUACAUGGUAUAUCAUAAUCUGUGGAAUACAAGUAUCGAGUCAAGAGAGGCAAUCAUUCGCCAAUGGAACCAAUGGCGUGAGCACUGCCCGGACGAGUGCGCCUAUACCUUCAUGCACAUCGGCGACUCGCCGGCAUUGGCUGUUGCGUUGCGACCGGCUAAUGAUUUGAUCUACCUUGAGAUACCAGAGACGGUGGCUGUAUGCCGCAAUAUCAAUUGUGCCGCUAUCAACGUUGGUUCGCGAGCUCGAAACUUUGCUUUCACCUACGAUCCAAAUUGGUACGAAGAAAUAGAGACCCUUCUACCACGUCUCAAGUCACCUUGCGAAACUAGUCUCGUUCAAGAUGGUACAACACCAGGCUGCCGCUUCCUAGACUUGGCAACCAGACUACUCUGUGAUCCGAAUGCUGGGACAUACAAGAGAUACUACGAUGAUGGUUACGACAGUACAUUUGACCCCAGGAUGAACCAACUAUGGCUUAUCGAUCCGACAUUAAAACCAUCAGCCCACUUUGAGAUCACGAAAGUGGGUAGAGAUCGAGUUGUCUUCGAUGCUUGCGGGAGCAAGUACAUCGAAGUCAGACUAGAUAGUGACAUUGGCAAAGAGGGGUGGUGGGAGAUUUCUAAUGGAUACUCACCCGAUUGUACGGCCAAGCGUUUCAACUCUAUGCUAUGCCGCGGCUUCAAUGCUUUCUGGAUGUACAACGAAGAUCCCUUUGGGUGUGAUCUUGUGUGGAUGUAG